CCCAGGUCCCUGCUUCUCUUAGCCAUGGCUCCGAAGCGCAAGCCCCAGGUACAGCGUGAGGGUCCUGAGAAGAAGAAGGGGCGUCAGGGGGCACAAGAGGAGGACAGUUUCUGCUCCACUGCCGAGGCCCCACCCACAGAGAAGCGCAUAGCCUAAGUGGACCCCCUGUGCCCACUCAGCUGCAACCCUAGGACCCAGGUGCAUGAAGACUACGACUGUACCCUGAACCAGACCAACACUGGGAGCAACAAAAACAAGUUCUACAUCAUCCAGCUGCUGGAAGAAGGUGACUGCUUUAUCUGCUGGAACCGCUGGGGGCGCGUGGUGAAGGUGGGCCAGUCACAACUUAGCCGCUUCAUGUCACUGGAGGAUGCACAGAAGGACUUUGAAAAGAAGUUUCGGGACAAGACCAAGAACAGCUGGGCAGAGCGGGACCACUUUGUGGCCCACCCCAGCAAGUAUACACUUAUCGAAGUACAGAGAGAGGAUGAGGCCCAGGAAGCCAUGGUGAAGGUAGACGGAGGCCCAGUGAGGACCGUAGUUCGUGGUUCACAAGUGCAGCCCUGCUCCCUGGACGCAGCCACACAGAAGCUCAUCACCAACAUCUUCAGCAAGGACAUGUUCAAGAAUGCCAUGGCUGGGCUUCCCUGGUGGCGCAGUGAUGUGAAGAAGAUGCCACUGGGGAAGUUGAGCAAGCAGCAGAUUUCCCGGGGUUUGGAGGCCUUGGAGGCAGUGGAGGCGGCCCUGAAAGCCCCCGCAGGUCGUGGUCUCAGCCUGGAGGAGCUGUCCUCCCACUUCUACACCAUCAUUCCCCACAACUUCGGCCGUAGCCAGCCCCCACCCAUCAACUCCCCGGAACUUCUGCAGCCCAAGAAGGAUAUGCUGCUGGUGCUGGCAGACAUCGAGCUGGCCCAGACCCUGCAGGCAGCCCCCGAGGAGACAAAGAAAGUGGAGGAGGUGCCACACCCACUGGACCGAGAUUACCAGCUCCUCAAGUGCCAGCUCCAGCUGCUGGACCCAAAGGUGCCUGAGUACAAGGUGAUACAUCCCUGCUUGGAAAAGACUGGCAGCAAGUACAGUUGCCCUGCUCUUCAACAUAGUUGGACAGUGAACCGAGAAGGGGAGGGAGAUCAGUUCCAGGCCCACGACAAGCUGGGUAAUCGGAAGCUACUGUGGCAUGGCACCAACGUGGCUGUGGUGGCCGCCAUCCUCACCAGUGGGCUUCGCAUCAGGCCACAUUCUGGUGGCCGUGUUGGCAAAGGCAUCUACUUUGCCUCGGAGAACAGCAAGUCAGAUGGCUAUGUUACUGGCAUGUCCUGCGGGGCCCAUGACAUUGGCUACAUGUUCCUGGGUGAGGUGGCAGUGCGCAGAGAGUACCGCAUCACCGUCUAUGAGCCCAGCUUGAAGCAGCACCCCCCUGGCUUCGACAGUGUCAUUACCCGUGGCCACACAGAGACUGUUCCAACCCAGGACACCAAGCUAGAGCUGGAUGGCCAGGAAGUGGUGGUGCCGCAGGGCCAGCCCAUGCCCUGCCCAGAGUUCAGCAGCUCCAGCUUCUUCCAGAGUGAGUAUCUCAUCUACCAGGAGAGUCAGUGCCGCCUAUGCUACCUGCUGGAGGUUCUCCUCUGAGCUGUCUGCCCGACCCGCCUCCCGUCCACCGCCAGGAGCUAGACCAUCAUCCUCAAUCUUCCUCCCAUCCCUGGCGCCCCCAUAUCACCCCUUCUUGCUCUCAAAUCUCCCUCCUGUGUCCAGACAGUGAUCCCCUCUCCCUCUAAUCCUUGUGGUCCUGGCAUGGCUGUGGCCUCAGUCUCGUCUCCUAAGGUGAUGGGUGUGAUGGAUUGGCAUUAUUACUGGGACACGGAUACAGCAGCCUAUUCAAGCCUGUGUAGUUAGAGGGGCACAGGCUGAGAGUGGGCGGGUCCCACAACCCCCCGGGCCAUCCACCCUGGCCCAGACUGUCCAUCCGAGAGAGGCGUGAUCACCGAGGUGGGCUGAACUUCAGACAUGCACAGGCAAGUGCACAUUGUAUUGGCUCACCCCCCUGACCUCUGCCUGUGCCAAAGCUGCACCAGGCCUGGGCCUUCUUGCUUUCCACAGUGACCCACCACACCACAUAGCAGUUCCAGCCCCACUCCAGGGAGUGACCACUCACACGGAGGACGUGGGUUGUACACACACUCCCACCCACCCUGGUCAGUCUACAUUGGUCACUGCAACGACUGGCCUCCUCUGAUCAUUGAGCCUCCAAAAGGGACCGUCCCCAUCAACUCAGAACUGUUGGUCAUGUGGGCACCCACCUGGUGAUUCUGUCCUUUAGCCCAGACGUGGCCAGGCAAAUCAAGCAUUCCUUGUGUCUUGGCACCAAACACCCAUGUGUGUCUUCUAUGUGAAUAUCAUAAAUGAAUUGAGAAUAUCUGCAAGGGGUGCAGCUCUGCUGUCAUGAAAGAAUGCUAGUUAUCACCCCAGGCUACCCUGUCCACAAACAAGGGGUGCAGAUGCUAGACAGCAGGUCAGGGUCCAGUGCAGUGUCACACACCACAUUUAGUUGUCGUGUCUCUUUGGUCUCCUUUCAUCUGAAACCAUUCUUCAGCCUUUUUUUUUUUCCUUCAUAACUUAGACACUCUUGACACUACUGAAGAGUACAGGCCAGUUGUUUUAUAGACUGUCUCUCAGUUCGGGUUUGUCUGAUGUUUUGCAGUGAUUAGAUCCAGGCAUUGCAGUUUGGGCAGGAACAUUACAUGAAUGCUGUGUCCUCGGUGCACUGUAUCAGGAGGGACAUGUCCCAUUCUUGGUGAUGUAAAUUUGGUUGCUCAAGGUCGUGUCCACCAGGUUUCUCCACUGGGAAGUUACCAUUUCCCCCAUUUUUAAUUAAUCAGUAAUCUGUGGGGAAAUAUUUUGAGGUGUAAAUGUUCCAUUCCUCAUCAACUUUCACCCACUAGCUUUAAAAUCCAAUGAUGAUUUUUACCUGAAAUCGAUGACUUGAAUCAAUUUUUGCUAAGAUGGUUGCAAAUGAUAGUUAAAUAAUUUAAUUCCAUCAUUUCUUCUAUAUUUAUUAAUAAUAGCCCCCUUUGUUUAUUAUCAGUAUGGAUUUGUGGGUUCCUAUUUUAUGCAAUGGGUUAUAAUCCAUUACUGUUAUUAUUUUGAUCCUCAAAUUGUCCCAGCUUUGGCCAGCAGAAGGUCCUUUAAGCUGACUCCUGUGUCUACAUCAUUUUAUGAGCACUUCCUUAUGUUCUGGUAUCACACGAUGUUCCAGGCUCAUCUUGCACAAACCUAGAAUCAGCCAUUUCUCCAAGGAGCCCUGGUCCCCUAGAGCAGGAAACGGUAUUUAGAAUCCACGAUCUGGGCAGUAGGUAUGCUCUUUGGUACUGGGUGUCAUUGCUUUUCAGUCCCAGUAGCAGAGAGGGCUAGGAAGUAUGUAUAUGUAAAUAAACACAUCUAUCUGUGUCUGUUUCUCCAAUUCCAAUCCAACACCAUAUGGUCUCUCCAUUCUUCCCCAUAUCCAUGAUUUUACUCCCUUCUCCAACUGUCAGAACUUUGGUUCUCAUCAACAUCAGUAUAUUUACUUAUUUGCUCAAUCCCACACAAAAAGCAGUUUCGGAAUUGCUACACCCAAUACCAUUGUGAAAAACAAACUUUCUAAUUAGAGCUCAAGAUUUACUGAAUCAUUCAAGAUUAUCUUUUUGUCUUUAGACUGAGGGUCAAUGGUCAAAGCAACAAUUUGAACACAGGUUCAAAUGUUACUUGGAUUAGUUAUUUAUUUCCCUUCAGUGUGGUUAUACUAUUCAUUUGAAAUGCUGGUAGGUUCAUUUGCUUCUAUUUAUAUUCACUUUUAGGGUUUUUCUCAUCUUUGUUGAUUUAUUUUUUUCAACAUGUAGAGCAUUAACAUGGUCCUCAAAAGUCCAAUCUAUCCAAAUCUAUGCUCAGAAGAGUGUCCUCCUAGCCCUCUCACUCCAUGCCCACCCACCUGCUAUAGUUUCUGGUUUAUCCUUCCUGCAUUUCUUUGGAAAAAAAAACAAAAAACAAAAACAGACGAACUACAAAGUGUUUUGUGUGUGUGGGUUUUUUUUUUUGGCCGCGCGGCAUGCAGGAUCUUCCCCAGCCAGGGAUCAAACCCGCACCCCCUGCAGUGGAAGCAUGUAGUCUUAACCACUGGACCGCCAGGGAGGUUGCAAAGUGUUUUUUUUUUUGUUUUUAAUAAAUUUAUUUAUUUUAUUUAUUUAUUUUUGGCUACAUUGGGUCUUCAUUGCUGCACGCGGGCUUUCUUUAGUUGCGGUGAGCGGGGGCUACUUUUCGUUGUGGUGAGUGGGCUUCUUAUUGCGGUGGCUUCUCUUGUUGUGGACCACGGGCUCUAGGCGCGCGGGCUUCGGUAGUUGUGGCACACAGGCUCAGUAGUUGUGGUGUGUGGACUCAGUAGUUGUGGCACAUGGGCUUAGUUGCUUCACGGCAUGUGGGAUCUUCCUGGACCAGGGCUUGAACCCAUAUCCCCUGCAAUGGCAGGCGGAUUCUCAACCACUGCACCACCAGAGAAGCCCUUGUUUUGUUUUUAUUUUUUAAUUAAUUUAUUUUUGGCUGCAUUGGGUCUUUGUUGCUGCACGCGGGCUUUCUCUAGUUGCAGCAAGUGGGGGCUACUCUUCGUUGCAGCAUGCGUGCCCCUCACUGUGGUGGCUUCUCGUUGCGAAGCAUGGGCUCUAGGCGCGCGGGCUUCAGUAGUUGUGGCGUGCGGGGUCAGUAGUUAGUUGUUGUGGCUCAUGGGCUCUAGAGCGCAGGCUCAGUAUUUGUGGGCGCAUGGGCUUAGUUGCUUCACGGCAUGUGGGAUCUUCCCAGACCAGGGCUCAAACCCGUGUCCCCUGCAUUGUCAGGCAGAUUCCUAACCACUGCACCACCAGGGAAGUCCCUCCCAAAGUGUUUUAAUUGCUAAUUUAGUUGAAUGAUUUUGCAGGGAACAUGCACUCUCCAACCCACCAUAGUCCCCAUCCCUCCCUAUUGCCUUCUCCAGUCCCCUGUUCUCAUUUGCUUUCCCACCUGGCCCUGCUGAGCCCUCCCCAGACCUUGGUGGCUUGGAGGCUGCCCCAGGCCUGCAGGCCUAACUGGGCAGUGAGAAAGCCAAUGUUCUCUCCUUCUUCUGAACCAAGACCUCAAGAAUCCAGCUUCACCUCCUGGAGGCAAAUGCCCACAUUCAAGUUGUGGUCAAGUACAGGAAGUGGUGCCUGUGUGGACAGAGCUUAGGAAGCAGGCGACCUGGUUUCCAGGUAUAACUUGGCUGUGUAAUCCAGAACACAUUCCUUGCCUCUCUGAGCACCAGUUUUCUCAUCUGAAUAAUAGAGAAUUGGACCGGGGCCCUUCGAAUUCCAGCAACAGGUGACUCAAAUCCAGAGGUUCAUGCCCUGUUGUCUGCCACCCAGAUCUGUGCUGAUGCGGACUGCGUGCCUAUGAGGGGUUCUAGGGGCACAGGAACAAGCAAGACACAGACAAGGUCCCUGCUCUCAAGGGGCUUGCAUUCUAAUAAAACAGGAUCUAAACAAGUAUGUGCAUAGAUAUGAAAUACAAUAUCAGGUAGGAAAAGUACCAGGAAGAAAAAUAAAGCAGGGUUAAAGGAGUAGUGAUGGGAAAGUGGAACAGUUUUAGAAAAGAUGGUCAUUGAAGGCAGAGACCUGAAUUAGGUGAGGAAGCAAGCCAUGGAGAGAUCUGGGGCAAGGGUGUUCUGACAGAGGAAACAGCACAUGCAAAGAUCCUGAGGUGGAAACCAGUUUGACAUGUGGGAGGACAAGCAUGAAGACUGUACGGCUGGAAGUAUGGGAGGCAAGGAGGAGGCAGGUGAGGUCAGAGAGGUGGGGAGAAGGCCAUCUCAGCAAAGAGGAGGUGAGAUUCUAUUUUGAUGAUGGGAAGUUCUUGGAAGGAUGAGUGCAGGAUCAUGACCUGAUCUCAUUUGUCUUUAGAGGGAUCCACUUCAGCCAGCUGUGUAGAGAGUGGAUCUAUGGUGUCAGUCAAGAUCCAAUCAACAAAAGAGAAAUCACUCUAUGUAUUCCAGACAAGAGGAAUUUGAUACAGGGAAGGAAUUGAACUACCAAAG